AUGCAACUUCCCACAGAGGGCGAACUCCUGGAUAUCCAAGAUAUUAUCCGUAAUAUUGAAGAGGAUUUUCGUUCAGAUUUAACAACCCAUUUGUACCUGGCGUACUUGAUGAAGCUAAACAAUAAGUUCGAGCAUCCUAAAAAAGAAUAUACAUCAUGGCCAUUACCAUUUCAAUUCAUCCCUGACCCUAAAUCUACAUCAAUAUAUAUUGAUGAGAAUAAUCCAUUCAAAAUGCAGCGGAUUGCAUCUAGGGCUACGGGUACUGAAAAUAAUAAUGAAGAUGAUGACGUUUGGAUUGAUAGAAAAAGACCAAAGUUUGAUCGUCGAUUUAGACGAUUCAUGACGAUUAAAUAUUUGUCACAAUUUGGAAACCCAGAGCAGGUUAGAAGAUAUACAAAAAUACUUGCGAAUCUAAGGGAGUUGAAUAAUCGAGUACCCGAGAACUUGGAAAGUAAUAAAAUGAAGUAUGCUAACGGGCAAAGGAUAUUGCCAGAUGAUCGCUCUGAAAAUAUUGAAAAUAUGGUACAAUUCUAUGAUAAUAGUACCUCAAAGCUUAGUGACACUGAACCUGUGGGAUUUUCGAAUUCAGGAGAUAUGGAAAAUCAACAGGAUGUAUCGGAUGAGGAGGACGAAGAAGGAGACAAUGAAGAAGAGGAUGAUGAAGAAGAGGAUGACGAAGCCUUUGAUUACCUGGAUAUUUCCUCUGAAGGAGAAAAAGAAGGUACUGAGUGUGGCCUUGAAUUUGAAGAUGGCUCAUCACCGCACGCUAAUUUGAAGAUUGAAUUGAAUGGUCUUUUUCAACGAUUGAUCUACUCGAAAAUCAGUCUGCACUCAGAAAAGCUUCAAAAUCAAGGGGAGUUAUCAAAACCUCUUGAAGCCCUUGUUGAGCCUCCUCCGAAUCUCUCAGAGCCUCACAUGAAAACGUUAUUCCAUAGGCUUGAUGUAUUACUUCAGCAUAUUCUCCUUCAGAGAAAGCAGCUUUGGCCAAAAGGUAGCGAACGUUUUUUUGGUCGGCGUACUAAGCCCAUGAACUGGGCGGACAUUUUGACUUUUUCUUGUUUGGCAAAUGAUGAUGGCAAUAUUGCUUAUCGUAAAAUGUAUAGGCGGAAUCAUGAAUUAUUUGUUCAGGCGCCCCGAAAUUACAUUCAUCCAAAGCAUCAGGCAUUUACGGAAAACCAUUAUGCGUUUAAGGAUUGCGGCACACCUAAUGAAGAGCGGCUUCACAAAAGACGGAAAUUUGAAGAUACAAGGGCGCUGUUGGCUAGAGGCCUUUUAGAACAUAGUAAUUUGCGUCCCCCAUGCUUUAUGGCUCGUAUCCAACGGAGGAUGAAAUCCUGCAGGUUGAUGAUUGAUCCGAUUAUUUUAAAAGAUCUGAAUAUCAAAAAGACUUUUCAGCAUAUAAGACCGCGAAAAAAUAACGGUAUAGCUAAGAAAAAUAAGCCUUUGGAAGCUUCUAGAAUUCAUAAUGGUAUUUCCAAUGCAAAAGACAGAAAUGUCAAAGCUCACGAUUAUAGCAGAGACAUAGAGACUGAAGAGAAAUUACAGGGAAAGGUAGAGGAACGCGUAGAGGUAGGAGAUGACGAACGGGAUUAUAAUACUGCGCAAGUCGUGAUAAAGAAGGAAGAGGAUAAAAAAGCUGUUAUAUGA